AUGAUGGAUGAUAGGGUUUUGGUGUACCGAGGAGCGGAUCAACCCGACAUGUCAGUCAUCAAUCCAGAAUCGGACGUUUGGCAAAAUAUCAAAAUUCCAAUCGAUUAUAUUGCCAACAACUGGCCUUUACGAUGCUCUACAAUUAGCAGUGACGGUCGGUUGAUCGCCGUGGCAGGCCGUCGGGGUCUAAUCCACUAUAGCAUGGCUUCUGGUCGAUGGAAAUUAUUCGAACAAGCAUCACAAGAGCAGAGUUUCCUUGUUAGAGGCGGCCUACUCUGGUUUCAUCAUGUCUUGAUUGUGGCGAUUGAGAUGGCCAGCAGGACAUAUCAGGUGCAACUAUACUCACGGGAUAAUGAGCUGACUCUUCGAGAGAUCCUCCAUGUAGAGACUUUCGACGCUCCCAUUGUGUCACUCUCCCUCGUCGACAAUUCUCUUCUGGUUUACACUGAAAAUAACGACCUCUAUCACUACCUUGUUCUUCCUACUGCCGACAAUGUCACAUUGCAUUGUUGUGGGAGCAUUUCAUUCGAUGGAGUUGUUAUAGAGCCGACGCUUGUACGAGGACUUAGCUGGAUGGUCCCAUCAUCUCAGAAGAAUUUUGGGGAUGUAGCGGAUGAUAUGACUACUGCAACCAUAUUAUUAUUGGUCGGAGGACAACUAGACUUUUCUAAAGAUGUCAAGUACGAUAUGCAAAUACUCGCGGAUAGGAUAGAGUUCUUCUGGAUCCAUAUCAAAGGAAUUGGGGCUCUGGAAAACUCGCUUUGGGGAUAUGACGGCGAGGCGCUCCGCAUAUGGUUGGAUGCUCUCAAGAUAGGCGCAAUUCCUGUCAACAAUCGUGGUCCCGGGCCUGUUAUCGAACAUUCACACCUUUUCAUGAAUCAUAUUCUUCGAUAUCAUCUCCAAAAGAAGCAAGUCAAAGAAGCUGUCCAAUUCGCCUUACAGUAUCAAAGCCUAGUCUUUUUCUCUCAUUCCCUCGAAGUAUUGUUACACAUGAUCCUAGAAAGUGAAGACGAUGUGGAGGAAGAAAAGGCUAUUCUUCCAGAGGCCAUCACGUUUCUGGACCAUUUCGAUGAAUCCCUAGAGAUCGUGGUCAGAUGUAUGCAACGAACCUUGGAUCAUUGCCUUAAACUGAACACCGGUGUCUGGAUAGGCGUGUAUGCGAGAGGGACGCCUAACCAGUUAGAAGAAACUUCUGAGGAUGCCGUGAGGCUGCUCUCUCAAGCCAUGGAAAGGAAUUCCAGUGAUAUUGCCAAGGACCUGAUGCGGUUCCUGCGAUCUAUCGAUGAGGAUGGGACUGUGCUGAAAGAUGUAUUAAACAAGAUGUUGGGUCCAUAUCAGACGAAUAGGAGGCAUCAACCAUCUCUUCCAACACAUCUAGAGGAUGAGGAUAGCAGAAAUCAUCCACCCGCGGUCCGCCAGUAUUCCCAACCACUUCCUGUUGACGGCUAUUCAGCACCUCCUGCUCCUAACAGACUACAUUCUUAUCCACCCGAAUCAUCGUCUAACCUAGGAGGAUUUCAGCCUGGUUUGCCGGGCUCAGCCGUGCGCAAUGUACCAUAUUCAGCACGCCUAACUCGCGAAACGCGCUCUCAAGCUGGACUUGCAGAAGAGCAAAUCGAGACAGAAGACGAUGAAACAAGCUCCGGUGAUGAAGAAGAACAGGAAUGUGACUUUAUUGAAGAGGAAGUGCUAACCCAGUCGGCUGCAGAGCAGCUAGAACGCUUGGAGUGGCAAAUAAUGCUGCGAUCAGUCCUUGAUGGAGACGUGAUCAACUCCGAAAAGCAAAGAGUUGGAAUCGCUGAAAUAGAAACAGAACCUAUAGAUACAGUCGAACGCUUUCGUACGCAAAUAUCGUCAGAGGAGGCGUGGCUUAGUUACAGAGGAAAGAUCAGGAAACGAUCACUAGACGAGGAGAAGAAGCGGGUCGAGCAUAGAAGAUUACGAGUAGGAGAAACCUUACAUGAAGAUGUCCUUGCCUUCAUCUAUAAUGCCGAUUCUGGCGAGAACGCUGUAGAUCAGCUCAACUCAUAUCUUCGCCGAUUGGACGCGGUCGAAUCCUUUUACCCUACUCUUAAAGCAAUGUAUCACGACAAACCUCACCUCAAAGAUCCCGCAUUUACUAAACGGAUCUAUGCAAUGACCGCGUACGCUAAUCUUGCGGGCAUGACACGGCAACACCUAUCCCUGCUGCAAAAAUGGACCGGCAGCAAGGAACUAGAUGUCAUGGCAUUAAGCAAGACCAACGAAAUAGUCAUCCGCCCCCGUCGACCUUAUUCCAACGACUACGCUCCAGAGGUGGCCGACGACUCAACUUUCGUGGAGAGGGUCCUAAAGGAGCAAUCGCUAGUGCAGAUAUUCAAGAAGAGAGCACUGGUUGAUGCAUUGCAAAUUGUUGCUCGCGCCAACAAGGUCUAUGCCUCAUUUUCUGACGAAUUCGAUGCCAUGCGGCUCCCUGCCCUGUGGAACGAAUUGCGAGAGCUCCUAACUUUCCCUAUAAAGCUUAUGCAAGCUUCUCUCCGAGUCCAGCUCGACUAUGCUCACAGACUACGAGACAUGGAUAUCCUGCUCAUCGAUCAGAUGAUGGAAGACUUCAAGGUAUCAAUCAACGAAGCAUGCUCGAGAAAAGCCGAGUAUCGAACACUUCUUUCUGGUGGGAAAUAUCUCGAAGAUUUCAUCAGUGACGACUAUGACAAAGUGGUGCUUGAAGCUGUCACUACCUUCUUUGGUCUGCUUCAUCGCAAGUUGAAGAGUGGUGCAGGCUCUCGAGGUUCUUACUUUCGUGAAACCGAAUUCCUUGAUAGCCAAUGGGGACUUCUUGAUAAAGUAGCUUCCGAGAUUAGUGGCGGAUCCGUAUUGGUGGCAGAGCAACUCUGUAUUGUGACACAUCGUUUGAUUGUCAGAAUAACCGACGCCUUUGAUCAUCAGAUCCGUAGGCCGUCCUUACUCGCCUCACCAGUCUCAAGAUUCUCGGUUAUAACCAACAUUUCCAACGAUAAUGUCUCCAACGAAGAAGUACCAGUAGUGAAGCUUCAAAUAGAUGGGGAGGAGAAUAAAAGCAAUGUAGUCACUGCUUACAUUCACAUGUUGGAGGAGGCUAGGAGUGCUUUCCAAGUAGUGGCAGAUCACCCAACAGCAAACGGUGGUUCCCAAGACAAAGGAUCAUCGCUUCCACCCGCCAAUGGAAGUUCGGCCAAAGGUCAAUCUGACGCUGAUCUCGAUGGAGUCAAUAGUCUCAGUGGUGCAGAAGAUGAUUCUUCUACAUAUGAACCAGAAGAGAUCUCAAAAGUUGACGACAGCAAAAAGAUUGAUGAAAGUCAAGACAAGUCACCAAAGGAGCCCGAAAAAGUCUCUCCUUACCUCAUCGUCUUCAGGCCCAAGACUCCAAUGUUUUGGCACGGUCGUGUCCUAUUGGGCAUUGAUAUCCCAACUCUUGACCUUGGUAUAACAGACAAGAGACUACUAUUGAUAUCAGAAGGUGGUCAAUCCCGCUUAGCCAUUGCCAAGUCGCGCUUUGCUGGCCAUUUCAUUUACGAGGACGAGUCUCGUGCAUACUCUGCAGUCGAAGAAGGAGAUGUAGAACUCGCCCUUGUGGCUUACGCAUCGCCAGUUGGUACUCUUCCUGUUCAAACCGAUCAGCGUUCGCAUCUUCCAGCGAUUAACAAGGAACUUCUGCGAGUAACACGUGCAACGAACCGACUAGCGUUCAAGAUCGUUGAAUCGAUCCACCCGGUCCGUAAGGCCCUUAUCGGCGUACCAGGUUAUCAAGACCUUCUGCAAAAUUGGUUCUUGUUUGCCGCUGAGCACGCACACCAACAAUCCCCUGGAGCUGAGUUCA